AUGAAAAACCAGGACCUAAUGUACUUGAUCGAAACCGGUUUCGGAACUUUCCCCCCGCCGCGGGCCCCACACAACAAGUACUUCCUCCACAUCGACACCGCCAGCGAGCUCAUGUGGGCCCAGUGCGACGAGUGCCGCAGAACGCGCUCCUGCUUCCUCCAGGCGGCACCACUCUUCCCCGCCCGCCAAUCCAAGACCUACCGCCCCCUCCCAUGCAACAAACACCCCCUCUGCACCCCCGGAGAGUGCAUCAAAUCCACCUGCUCCUACGAAAUCGUCUACGCUGACGAUGCAGCAACUUCCGGAUACCUCGCUCAGGAAAGCUUAACUUUCCGUUCGGACAAGAACAAGACCGCAACUGUCCAAAAAGUUGUUUUCGGAUGUGGCAUAAAAAACCUCGGUUUUAGCGAGUCCUCGAAAACAAAUAUCGUUGCGGGCAAUUUUGGUAUGGGCCCCGGAAAGCUCUCGUUUUUAACUCAAAAACGGGACAUAACUCAAGGCAGGUUUUCUUACUGUCUCCCACCGUUCGAGUCUGCACAUAAAUCCACCACUUUCCUCAGGUUCGGUAAUGAUGUGCCACAGACGAAGGGGUUCAAGUCAACACCGUUGAUUAUAAACCGCGACAACCCGUUUUAUUUCGUGGUCUUAAAAGGCAUAAGCAUUGCGAACAAACGAGUCAACACUAUAACAGAUUCGAUGCUUGCUCGUACAAACGCAGAUGGCGGCGGCUAUGGAGGUUGUAUAGUGGACUCAGGGAGUACGAUAACGGUGGUUCCUCCAGUGGUGUAUCAGAAGCUGAAAGAAAUGCUGAUCAAGAAUCACUUUUUGAGCUACAAAAAGACGAGGAAUUUAGAAAGUAUGGACGUGUGUUAUUUGUUCCCGCGUAACAAGGGAUUUAAGGACCUUCCGAAUAUUACUUUCCAUUUUCAGGAUUCUGAUAUGGUGUUGCCUCCUCAAUUGGGGUAUAUAUUCGGAAAGAGGGGUAAAAAUAACUACUUUUGUCUAGCGAUGGCUGCUCAUGAUAUCGAUGGUUUGAUUGUGAUUGGAGCUUUGCAGCAGGCGAAUACUCGUUUCGUAUUUGAUAUUGUGAAACGGAAGCUGUACUUUGGCCAUGAAGAUUGCACUCUUGGCGCUUAG